CUCCUUCCUCUUCUUCUUCCCCAAUUCUGUGCUCCUCCUUCUCCUCCUUAUUCUCUCCCCAUCCUCCUCCUUCUUCUUCUUCUUCACCUACAGGUCCUUCACUGCUCCCCUGCGCCUGCGCCCUGACGGCCAGAUUAAAAAAAUAUAUAUAUAUAUAUAUAUAUGUAUAUAAUAGAUGUCGAACCGCCGGUUCAAAUACGGUUCGAACUGGCGGUUUGGCACCGAAUGAGCAACUUUAUUCUAAAAUCCCUACGUUUUAUUUGCUCUGAAGAACGCAAACAAUCCCAAAAAUAACCUAAACCACAACCUGCGCCGCGCGCCUACCCUUUCCCUUUCUUCUUCUUCUUCUUCUUCUUCUUCCAUCGUCCGUCCAUCCCGCUGCUGCAACCGCCGGAGACUUUCAGCUUGACCGGCAACUUAAAGGUUGAACAUCCUGAACAUGGAGAUUAAGUUAGAUGGAGCAGACAGUUCCUUGAUUUUGAUUAAGCAAGGCGCUGAGGCUAGGGUGUUCGAGUCAACUUUUGUUGGUAGAAGGUCCAUUGUUAAGGAACGAUUUUCUAAAAAAUACAGGCAUCCGACUUUGGACGUAAAGCUCACGGCCAAACGUCUGAAUGCAGAAGCUAGGUGCAUGACAAAGGCUAGAAAGCUCGGAGUUUCUACUCCAGUGCUCUAUGCCGUAGAUCCUCUGUUGCACACUUUAACAUUUGAGUUUGUUGAGGGUGGUUCAGUGAAAGACAUAUUCCUCGACUUUGGAUUGCACGGUAUUGUUGAAGAACGAUUAGAUGAUAUUGCAAAACAAAUUGGUGAUGCAAUUGGAAAGCUGCACGAUGGCGGGCUGAUCCAUGGAGAUUUGACAACAUCAAACAUGCUAAUAAAAAAGGAUACCAAUCAACUGGUACUCAUUGAUUUUGGACUAAGCUUCACUUCAACCCUACCCGAAGAUAAAGCUGUUGAUCUGUAUGUUCUUGAACGGGCAUUGCUAUCUAUGCACUCCUCAUGUGGAAAUGUGAUGGAUAGGAUCCUUUCUGCUUACAAGAAAUCCUCGAAACAGUGGAGCUCAACGUUGAACAAGCUAGCACAGGUUCGACAAAGAGGGAGAAAGCGCACAAUGGUUGGAUGAACCCAUCAACUGUCUACCAUGCCACUAGGUUGGGUGAUUAAGGCUUUGUAGUCCUGUUAAUGUCAAUUCUUUUGUUGAGUUUCCAAUUUUAAUUGAUUUAUUUGAUAAUAUGCCAAAUGCCACAAACUGUUCUCAUUGCCGUAUAAACUUGUUUGUCUAAAAAAAACAAUUCACGAAGGGUGUGUUUAUUACUUGGGAUAAGUUGGGAUUAUUUAAUUCCAGUGUAUUCGUGAACAUGCGAUAUUAAAUUGAUUCAUCACAUUUUAUAAAUGCCCCCUUCCUCCCGUAAGAGUAGAGCUUGGCUCGUUAAAAAUUCGAGAAAAAAUAGUAGUUCGAGCUCAGCUUGUUAGGCUUAAAUUCAAGCUCGAGCUCGACUCGUAAGGCUACUCAAGUUUGAGUUCAACUCGGAUUUUGUACAUAUUCUAUACGUUUUUUAAUAUAUAAAUUAAAUACAUCCAUUUUUAUUCAUAAUUUAUUAAAAUAAAAUAUUCAACUUAUAUUAAAAAAUAUAAAUUUUGAUAUAAAAAAAUUAUAUUGUAUUAAUAUAUAAAAUAAUAGUAUAUAAAUAUCAUCAAUAAGGAGCUAAAUAAUAGUUUUUGAGCUCGAGCUCGGCUCCUUUAUCCUGUAAAAGGAGUCGAGUCGAGUAGGACUGUUAAAGAGCCGGGUCGCGUCGGGUUUGCUUGCGAGCUAUUCGGUUCAUUCAACUGAUGAAUCUAAAAGUAAAUCCAUGUGGUUGGUUAACAUAAUAACAUUGCAGAUUUUGUGCUUUUCUGUUGAUUAAUUUCACUGUGCAGACACACCAGAAGAAAUCUGAAGAAGGGGUAGGGUGGGGU